AAUAUCAUGUCAUAAUGUUAUCAGUACACGUUAUGCAGUGGAGACAAAGUUGUUCUGUGGAACUGAAGAGACUGUUUCAGAGGUCAUUUAAUUUUUAGACCAAGAUGUUGCUGAUAAAGAGAUAAUGAGUUAAAAAAAAAAAAUUACCAGCUCCUUUUUUCAAUACAUAAACUCCCAGUUUGUUUCAUUGCUGGAAAAAAAAAAAUGAGGUGAAUUGUUAAAUGAUCUUGGACUUAUAAAAUUCCUAUCAGAAAACAAAGUAUGGGAAUCAUUCACCUCCAUUUUGUUGGAGAUAAGAAUAUGCUGCACUGUAUUUGAUAAGUAAAUUGACCCUUGCUUCAUAAUUAAUCAAGGCCAAGUAAGAGAUACUGCCAGAUGAUAUGAAGUGAUAAGAGCCACUAUUACCUUGCCCACCUCCAGGCUGAACAAUUGCAGCAUUACCUUAACACUACACUGUGACACCCUCAUUGCUCUGUGCAUGCUGCCUGGCUUGCAUUGCUGCUGUGCUUUGUGUUCAUCUUCAGCUGUAUAUAUAGUGCAAAGAAAAGUUUUUUUUUUUAUGUGCUUGAAGGAUCACUUAUGUGAGCUGAGUAAUGUUGCUUGCAUCAUCUGUGAAAAAAAUGUUGUGUAUUGUAUAAUGCAAAGAAAGUGGAUUGAAAGUCAAAUGGUACAAGAUGAAGGAGGGAAAGGAGUGGAAGUUGUAUGAAAGGAGAGAUACAGAGGCAAAUAUUAAUGGAUCUGCUUCUUUUUGUUGAGGAGUGACAAGCAUGUGAUGGCUGUAUUCUUCAUUCUGCGUUGUCAUGUUGACUCACUGAUGUUGCUACUUCUGAUUUUCAAUGAGCUAUUUAUUCUCGUAUAUAAUUACAUGUGAAAUUUGUGGUAGUUGUCAUGCUUGAUUGUACUUAGGUUUUGUUCUUCUUAUGUCUGAAGCAUGUUGACAAACUGACCCCUUGACAGAAGAUAUGCAUGCAGUGAUCCUUCUUUAAUGGGGUCUUGUAUUUUGAUCUAUCCAUGAUGUCAGGAGACGUUAUGGCAUUCGUGAAAUUAGUUGGUAAGUGUGUACAGAGUUGGCCCUUAACAGCAAUAAAUAAACAAACAAAGAUGCUGGCAUAGCAACACCCAUCAUACUGAAGGAUUCCUGUAAUAUGCUGUACACUUUGCUUUACUGAACCAAGAGUGUGUGGCCUAAUGCUUAUGCUCUUAUUGUUCCCUGCCCAGGCAGCACUGCUUAUCUCAGACUUAGGCUUUUAUUUCAUACAAGGGCUUGAAAGGAAAAAACACAAAAUUCAACUAAAAACAUUACCUGAACUUAGAUGAGAAGGGUCCAAGAUAUCUAUUGGUGAAACUUGUUUUCCCCAUCAACAUAAUUUUUUUUUGUUUAGCAGUAGAGAAAGGUGGAAAAGUGAAAUGCUCACAGCAAUGGGGCCACUCCAGAAAGCAUUCCAUGCCAUCAUUUUUCCGGUGUAUGUGUUCACGGUGUAUUACUACCACGAGUGAUAUAAUAAUCUCCUUCUGCACGCCACACUUUAUAGCAACACAAGGAAAAAAAGUUAUAUUUAGAACUGAAGGCCAUGGAUGUUGUGCAAAAAGGCUUCCAUGCCGUCACUUUCCUUGUGUACUCGUAUGGGCUGUAUUCUGACCACUACAAGGUGGCCAUCCCUCCCACCUCCACCAGUUACCUCAUGACCUUCCAUGUCAUUGGUGGACGCUGGAAGUACUUGACAUACAUUACCUUGGUCCUCCAGUGUGUCUUUUUUGGCCUGUGUGCGCUAAAUGACUUCUUGGGCUCAGAGACACUCAUCCACAACAAAAGAAGUUUCCUGCAGAAGCUCCGAGAUGUCCUGCUGCCAACAGUGGUGCUUCCCCUGGGGGUGUUUGUCCCGCUCAUCUUCUGGGGUCUGUAUGCCGUGGAUCGUGAGCUCAUCUUCCCAGUCUCCAUGGAUGCCUGGUUCCCCGGAUGGCUGAACCACCUCAUGCACACACUUCCCUUCUUUGCUUCAAUCAUCGAGAUCAUUGUCACCAACCAUGUCUACCCUAAAGGAGGCAUGCUGUACUUCCCCAUUGUCGUGGCUUCAGCACUCUAUAUAUUUUGGCUCUGCUUCAUCGCCCACCACACGGGGUUCUGGGUGUACCCCGUCUUUGAGGUGCUGGACUUUAAGAGCAGGGCAUUGUUCAUGGCCUCUCUGGUGCCCCCCAACCUGCUCUUUGUUUUCCUCGGACAAAAGCUCCACCUGGGUGUUUGGGGUACAGUCAAAGGGGCCUCCAAGCGCCGGGGCAAGAAGGACAAGUCACAGUAGUCGAGGUGCUGGGCCAGGACAAAAGGGCCGAGGUGCAGGUGGGAAAGGCAGGCCGUUGUUCAGGUGUCACUCAAUAUUGUGAUGUUUUGCCUCCCACAGCUAAGGGCUCAGAGGUCAAUGCCAAAUAGGUGCAAACAAAGAAAAAUCUAGAUUGUACUACUUUUAUAUUGUAUGGUGGUCCUCAAGUAUGUGGUUCAGAAGUCAUGGCUGUUGUGCAGUGUCUUGUGUCAUGGCACAGUGCAGCAGUAAGUGUUUGAAUAGUGUAUGAAUGACUUGAUUGAACACAAUAGUCUCAGCUAGAUGUCCAGUGCUAGUAACAUCACCUCUGUAAGAACAGUUAGAACACUAGGAUAGAUAGAUGCAACCAGGAAGUACUCAGUUAGAUCCCUAGAAGUAUUUUUGCCCAUUUUAUAUUCGUGGAACCAUUUAUGGCUCUAUUCAAAAUAGUCAUAAAAUUUGAAGAAAAACAAAAAAAAAACUGACAUCAAGUGGGGUAUUACAUCAGAGAAACGGUAUUAACACAGUGAAAAACAUCCUAGUUGUGUUCAUUUGGGAGUGGGGUAUUACUAUGAGACCAUGUUUUUGUGUGGCAGUGUACCCAUUGCUCUUUGUCACUGGGUCAUUUCUCUAACAUUCGGAGUGUCUGUUUUCUGACAUUUACAUCCUUCCUUGGCUUGCCACUUCUCACUUGUUAUCAGUGAAAGAAAUGGAAUUAUUGCAUUUUAAUUAUAAUAUUGGUGAUGACUAUCAGUAUGAAGAGAAGGUAAAGGAAGUGUGAUGUGAUCUCUUAGAGUUUUUAUUAAUAAUUGUAAAAGAAUUGCAGAGUAGUUGUGUAAUGUUGGAUUUUACUUGUGACAUUCCAUUGGUACUUGUCUGGGUUGUAUGUCUCCCUCAGUCUUGUUUUAUAGUGUUGAUAUUAGUGUCAGUUUUUUUAAAUUAAGAUUUUAAAAAUGUGACACUGAUCUUCAUUACUUGUGGAUAUAUGUUUUAGUUUUUAUAAUUGUUUCUGUGCCACUGAUGGAGUUGUGGGAAGGUUUUAUUUGCUCAAACCUUCCUGUCACGUGUUGGAAGUGAAGUGAUUAUCACACACGCACACACACACUCACACCUGCACUUCUUGGAAUCUGUUUUGGCAAUACAAAUAAAAGCAACGGAAACACUUAUAAAUGAACAAGAGUUACAAUUAAGUGCCUUUUAAUGUCCUUCAAGACAAAGCUCACCCCUCAAAAAAUAUUAUGGUAUUUAUCCUGUCAUAACAACACACUAUCCAUGAUAUUAUUAUGGACUGUAAACUCUCCUUCUCAUGAUCUCUUGAGACAAAAUUUGUUGAAAGAAUGUGACUAUCAAUAAACUCUAACUCUUCUAUUUACUGUUAUACCCAGGACUCCAUUUAUUGAACCCUAACUUUAAAGUUUUAAUUAAGUAAUCUUUGAUCAAAAGUCACCAAAAGAAUAUGUAUUUUAGUUUACUUAAGUAUGCAAACUGCUGCUAUGCACAACUAAUUGUUUGACGUACCUUGUUGACUGGCAUAUCCAAAACAUGUGACCUGUAAUUCUGACACACCUGCCACUAAAUAAUGGCUCUUGGUGAUGACUCACUUGUUCAUGGUGCAGUAGUCACAAUGGUCUUGUUCUUUUCUAGUGGCAUUCUUAACAUGGUCAGCUGUUAUCUUUAUGAAUCCUUGUUGUAUACUUGUCCAUCUGUGUGAGAACAAUGAAAAUCUAAACUAAUUAAUAUUAUUAUUAUUAAUGGUUAUUGGAGAAGGCAGCUCUGGGGAACAAAAUUAUAUAAAACUUUUGUGUUAAUGAAUGGAGAAAUCUGCACUAGUCUGUACUUAAAAUUGUGUUCAGGUGAAGUGAGCUGUCUAGGCUUUGGAAUGAAGCAUGGAAAGGAAAAAUAAAGGCCACCGAUGUA